AUUCUGUGAUACAAAUGAUAACCCCUUAGCCAUUACAUCAAAGACAUCAAAUGUAUUAUCUCAAAGGUAAAUUAACCAUACACAUUUGUUAGCUGAGUAUUCAUCAAUAUUUUCUGGGAGUGAUUGGAAUUACCACCCUUAUAUUUAUAACACCUUCACCAGUCAUCUAUUCGUUAUUUUAUUCCCACAACAAGCACAAUGAACUUGAACCACAGUUGUGAUGCGUCUCAUAGUAACAAGAAGCCCUCCCACCACCCAUCCCUUAAGUUAUGAGAAAUAGAGACUCAAACGUUUGGUCUAGUUGUAACGGCACUAGGACCGUGUGAGCAAGCGCAGGAACGUCUUGUCGUGUAUUCGCUAUAGCAGCCGCGGUCCCACAUUACUUUUAGUCGCCUGUCCCUCAUGGGACGGAGGAACUGUACAAUCCCAUACGCGGAAAAUAUGCUUCUUUGAUUUUCCCACCAUUCGCAGAACGAGGAUAGACGAGGCUCAAGACUGAUCAAACCGUCAUUAAAAUAUUAUUGCCUAUCUGCCGAAUCUUGUGGAGUGCUGGACCAGCUGGACCUGUCAAAAUCUCUGGCGAGAUGGGACUUCACUUGAGAAUUAACAUACCCGGUGUUCUUGAGGAAGAGGAACAUGACUGAAAUUUGAACGAAUGUCGUUUUGGAUUUCCUUAUCAUCAGGACAGCCUACGAACAGCCAUGACACUUGAUCAUCCAUCGAUGUCUUCUCGUCUCCCCUGCGCCCUCCUGCUCGUCUGUCUUCUGCUCCCGCUGUCGCGCGUGUCCUGUGCCCUGCCUCACCAGCCUGCUCCCCACAUCCCUUCCCUGGUGGCGCACGAACCCCUGCCCCUCUCGCGCUCCCGCUUCAGUGCCCAGGCCCAUCUGGACUUCACCACGCACUGCAACGCCAGCUGCUUCCACCGGGGCGAGGGCGAAGGGAGGGAGAAGCUGACCGAGCAGCUGGCCUUCGAGACGCUUUACGCCGACGGCUCGCGCACACUCACCGCAGUGGACCUGGACGAGGACGAGGCGUCCGACUGGAGGGACGAGCCCGCAGUCCCCGUUUUAGCCACAGGGAGGAGCAGGGCCUCUGCCAGGCGCCACCGGCGGCAGAAGCGGCAGAUCUACGGGGCCGACGGGCGCUUCAACAUCCGCGGCGACCACUUCCUGUUGGAUUAUCCCUUCUCCACGGCCGUGCGCAUCUCCACCGGCUGCACGGGGGUCCUCGUGUCCCAGCGCCACGUUCUCACCGCCGCCCACUGCGUGCACGACGGCAAGGAUUACGUGAAGGGGGCGCGCAAACUCAGGGUGGGCUUCCUGAUCCCGCCCUCAUCCCUGGGCAAUGCCACCCUGCUCGGCACUCCCGCCAAGAAGCCUUUGGUGCGUUGGGUGCGCGUCAGGCGAACCCGUGUCCCCAAAGGCUGGAUCCAGGGGCCCCAGGAGGUCAGCAUGGAUUUCGACUACGCCCUGCUGGAGCUGCGCUGGCCCCACCGCCGGCCCUUCAUGCGGAUGGCCGUGGCUCCCUCGGCCCGAGACCUGGCCGGCAAACGCAUCCACUUCUCCGGCUUCGACAGCGACCGGCCCGGGGAGCUGGUGUACCGCUUCUGCCCGGUGGAGGACGAAUCCAACGACCUGAUCUACCAGCACUGCGACGCACGGCCUGGGGCCAGCGGCUCCGGGGUGUACGGCCGCGUGUGGGACGACGGCUUGGAGCGCUGGGAGAGGAAGGUCAUUGGCGUCUUCUCUGGACACCAGUGGCUGGAGAUCGACGGGGAGAACCGGGAUUACAACGUGGCGGUGCGCUUCACCCCCCUCAAGUUUGCGCAGAUCUGUUACUGGGUGCAUGGGAACCAGGUGGACUGCAGCAAGGACUGAUGUGAGGCAGCGUGAUUGAUGACAACCAAGGACAAAGAAAUAGCAGUGCCUGUUAUUUUGUAUUUUCGCCGGUCUGUAGUGAGCUUUAAUGUGGUUUAGAGUCCAUGUUAGUCUUUGGAGAACACUAUUCCCCCCUAAACUAUGUUUCUACAUUUUAUUUAAUCCAAAUUGGAUCUGAGAAUUUGACUCACAUUACCCUUGUGCCUGAUUAGGGUUACUGAACCACUCUUUCAGUACCUUUGCUGCAAAUUCAUCAAAUUACCCAAGUCUCACAAAAAUGUUUCCAUCUGGUGAUAAUCUGAUUUUGCACUUUCAAUCUUAAACACCCCCUCAAUAUUGUUCUGAAACCACUGACAUUUGUGGGGGGAAAUCAAAUGACGGAGAAUCUAUGAUGUUUUGCCUUAGAUUUUACUCACAUCUUCCUUUUGAGCUACACCUUCUGUGAUUUUGAUAUUCUGUUCAUCUAUCUGACUCACUGGUCAUUGACAUUUCACACUUCUUAUUUCAGAUUAUAAUGGUUCAUAUUCAAUUCAGCUAAUGUAGUUGCAGAGGUAUUACAUGUGACUGCUUAAAAUUGAUAGCUUCAAAGGGCAUGGUUUUGGGGGAAACUUGAUGUUGAAUAUAAAAUUAUUUAAAAUGCUUCUAUUUUAAUUAAAGAUGUCUAUCUGAAA